UUGUCAAUUUGCCGUCUACAUUACGAUUAGAAGUGCACUGAUUCAAUUUUUCGUGUAAUCGUGUAUUUUUUUAAAUACUUAAAAAACGUGCCGAACAUUCCAUUUUAGCAUGGUACCUACUUUAUUUUACAUAAAUGUCGCGAUAUUUUGAAAUCAUUUUUUUAUGAUUCGCAUUGGAUUUAUGGCUCAAUAAAUGAAUCCUAUUUGCAUAAAAUGAAGCCGAAAGAUAUACUGGAAAGUUGCUCAGUUUUCGGGAGAAUUAUCGCUUCGCCAAAAUUCGGUCGUCAUUUUUGUGUUUAUCAUGUCUUCGGAGUUUUUGCAAAUCUGUACCAAAGAUCAACUGUAUGAAUUUUUUGCCGAAUUCAACGCUUCCGAAGAAUCAGUCCAAAAUGAUGUGAAAUAUCUUAAAGAAUGGAUUAGGAAACAAGCUCAUUUGCCAACUAUUGAAGAUGAUGAGUGGCUAACCAACUUUUUAUUAAGAUGUAAAAACAGUCUAGAAAAGACAAAAAAAGUAUUAGACGGAUAUUACACAACGAGGACCUUGAUGCCCGAAGUUUUUCAAGAUCGCGACCCAUGCACAAAACAAAUAGAACAUGUAUUUCGACAAGGAGGCUACGUACCAACUACAAAAUUAACCCCAGAUGGUUAUCGUAUCGUAAUAUUUCGAAUUUUCGACGACUCAAAGAACAGCAUUCCAGAUCCAGAGAGUAUAAUUAAAGCCACACAAAUAUCGACUGAUUACAGUUUGAAAGUAGAUAAAAUUCGAGGAAUGAUUGUGAUUUACGAUUUUCAGAAUAUUACUAUGAAUUAUAUCACAAUGAUGUUCUCCAUAUUGAAAAAAUUGCUCACGUUAGCCACCAAAACAACGCCAUGUCGUUAUCACAAAAUUUACAUUCUCAACUUGAUACCUGCAGUCGAACCAAUCAUCAGUUUCGGUAAAAGUUUAGUGAAGAAAGAAUUAGCUGAUAGAGUUCAAGUAUGGAAAGAUGAUCCAAAAAAAUUAAUUACUGUUCUACCAAAGGAAGUAUUACCCGCAAAUUACGGAGGAACUGAAAAACCACUAGAAGAGCUCAAAGAUCGUUGGUACGAAGAAAUAAAAAAUUACCAAGAUUGGUUCAUUUCCGAUGAAAAAAAUAAAGCCGAUUUAAAUAAAAAACCGGUGGAUAGUUCAUACGCAAAUAAUGAUGUUACUAAUUAUGGAAUAGAGGGUUCAUUUCGUAAAAUCUGUUUGGAUUGAUGUCGUGUUUAUUUUAUAUUUUCUAUGCCACUUUAUUUAUAAUUCAUUUUAAAAUUUCUGCAAACAAUUGUGAGUCAUUUUUAAAAUUUAAAUUAAAAUUACGAUUUAAAAAAAGUACCUACCUAUUACUUAUGUAAAAAGAUUUUCCAUAAUAAAUUACAAUAUACUCAA